AUGGUCACACUUUCUUAUCUUAGGUUACAGAGACUUUCUCACCUGCCAAAAAUAAUUCAAGAAGGUAGCAGAUGUAGAGGGAAAAUUACCAAUAGCACAAUAGCAGCAUUAAAAGAUAACAAAACUUUUAUUAUAUCCCCAUACUUUGAUGACAGAGAAAGCAAAGUCACUCGUGUGAUUGGGAUUGUUCACCAUGAAGAUGUAAAACAACUAUACUGCUGGUUCUGCUGUCAGCCCAAUGGAAAGAUAUAUGUAUCAAAAGCAAAAAUUGAUGUUCACUCAGAUAGAUUUGAAUUCCCUUACGGUGCAGCAGAUAUAGUUUGUUUGGAACCCGAAAACUGCGAUCCAACACAUGUAUCGAUUCAUCAGUCUCCACAUGGAAAUAUUGACCAGCUGCCAAGGUUUGAAAUUAAAAACCGCAAGGCUGAGACCUUUUCUGUUGACUUCACUGUAUGCAUCUCUGCCAUGUUUGGAAAUUACAACAACGUCUUGCAGUUUAUACAGAGUAUGGAAAUGUACAAGAUUCUUGGGGUGCAGAAAGUGGUGAUCUAUAAGAACAACUGCAGCCAUCUGAUGGAGAAAGUCUUGAAGUUUUAUAUGGAAGAAGGAACUGUAGAGAUAAUUCCCUGGCCAAUAAACUCGCACCUCAAGGUUUCUUCUAAAUGGCGCUUCAUGCAAGAUGGAACACACAUUGGCUACUAUGGGCAAAUCACAGCUCUGAAUGACUGUAUAUACCGUAACAUGCAGAGGAGCAAGUUUGUGGUUCUUAAUGAUGCUGAUGAAAUAAUUCUUCCCCUUAAGCACCCAGACUGGAAAACAAUGAUGAGCAGUCUUCAGGAGCAAAACCCAGGGACUGGCAUUUUCCUCUUUGAGAACCAUAUCUUCCCAGAAACUGUAUCUACUCACGUGUUCAACAUUUCGUCCUGGCAUGCUGUGCCGGGUGUUAACAUAUUGCAGCAUGUUCACAGAGAGCCUGACAGGAAAGAUGUAAUCAAUCCCAGGAAAAUGAUAAUUGAUCCACGAAAGGUGAUUCAGACUUCAGUCCACUCUGUCCUACGUGCUUAUGGGAACAGUGUGAAUGUUCCCAUGGAUGUUGCCCUCAUUUAUCACUGUCGGGUGCCCCUUCAGGCAAACCUUCCCAGAGAAUCCCUCAUCAGGGACACAACACUGUGGAGAUACAACUCAUCAUUAAUCACAAAUGUCAACAAGGUGCUAUAUCAAACCAUACUGUAAGCUCAAAAGUGAAACCUCAGUUAUAAGGAGGGAAGGUGGAGGGCUACUCGUAUCAUGGGGAGGCAGAGGAUAUAAUUUA